GGUGAAGCAACAAAGGUAACCUGGUGAAGUUUCAGAGCAUUUCUAAGCUUUUGCCAGUUUUCCUCUGUAAUUUCUCUCUGUCUGGUCCAGUCAUUACAUCUCAGUUAUAGAAGAAAACACAUUUGAAGCACUGCCUAAAGAAGACAACCAUGUUUCUCAGAGUUAUUCUGCUAGGAAUUCUCCUUCUCAGCAUCCUUGGGACAGAAACUGCUCUGGCUGGCUCUAGUUUUUUAAGCCCCACAUAUAAAAACAUACAGCAACAAAAGGAUACAAGAAAACCAACAGCAAGAUUACAUCGCCGAGGCACAGAAAGCUUUUGGGAUACAGAUGAAACAGAGGGAGAAGAUGACAAUAACAGUGUUGAUAUCAAGUUUAACGUUCCUUUUGAAAUUGGUGUCAAGAUAACAGAAAGAGAGUAUCAAGAGUAUGGACAAGCACUGGAGAAGAUGCUACAGGACAUUCUUGCAGAGAAUGCUGAAGAAACUCAGACAAAAAGCUGAAGCAAGCUGAAGGACAACCACAGCACUAGAUGGCCUGAUAUAAGUUUUACUUUAAAACAAAACUAUGACUGAAUUUAGAUCUCUAAGAAGAAAGAAGCACAUGAACUUGAGUAGUUUGCUCUAAGAAAAAGACAAGAAUCUACAUGCAGAACUUCAAAGGGCAAUGUGAAUCACAGGCUGACGUGUAGGCUUAUUUUAUUUCCUUCCUUAGUAUCUACUGUGAUGAUUUUAAAUGAUAUUUUUGAAAGCUGUAUGAAUCCUUUCUGAAACUGGUGGAAACUUCAUCUUACACUUCUACAGACAUCUGUAACAGAGAAUAAAGCUUAUGCUGAAACUGCAA